GGCAAUGAACACCCCCCCUUACCCUUAGCAACCUCCUCCUCCUCCCUCUCUUCCUCUUUUUUAUUUUUUUUUUUAAUUUUCUUUUUAUCCCCGUAUUAUUAUUUCCCCCCCCCCGCCCCCCUCCGCGCAUCCCCGGAGCUCCCGCGUUCCUUCCGCCACAUCCCGCAUGACUGUCACCAAGAGCUCUUGGCGAGUCCGAUGAGAGACCUCCACAAAUCCAGUGUGCUGGGGAGCAAGCACGGCAGCCUGCAGAUGUCAUGGCGCCCGCAGUACCGCAGCUCCAAAUUCCGGAAUGUCUACGGGAAGGUGGCCAGCAGGGAACACUGCUUUGAUGGGGUCCCCAUCACCAAGAAUGUCCAUGACAACCAUUUCUGUGCUGUCAACGCUCGCUUCCUCGCCAUCGUCACCGAGAGCGCCGGGGGAGGCUCCUUCCUUGUCAUCCCCCUGGAGCAGACGGGUCGGAUCGAACCCAACUACCCCAAAGUCUGUGGGCACCAGGGCAAUGUGCUGGACAUCAAGUGGAACCCUUUUAUUGAGAACAUCAUUGCCUCCUGCUCCGAGGACACCUCGGUGCGGAUCUGGGAGAUUCCUGAUGGAGGGCUGAAGAGGAACAUGACAGAGGCUGUGCUGGAGCUGUAUGGGCACAGCAGGAGGGUGGGGCUGGUGGAGUGGCACCCCACAACCAACAACAUCCUCUUCAGUGCUGGCUACGACUACAAGGUCCUGAUCUGGAACCUGGACACGGGGGAGCCCGUGAAGAUGAUUGAUUGUCACACAGAUGUCAUCCUCUGCAUCUCCUUCAACACUGAUGGAAGCCUCCUGGCCACCACCUGCAAGGACAAGAAGCUGAGGGUGCUGGAGCCACGCUCGGGGAGGGUCCUGCAGGAAGCCAACUGCAAGAACCACCGUGUGAACAGGGUGGUGUUCCUGGGCAGCACAAAGAGGCUGCUGACCACGGGGGUUUCCCGAUGGAACACCCGGCAGAUCGCCCUCUGGGACCAGGAGGAUCUCUCCAUGCCCCUGAUCGAGGAGGAGAUUGAUGGGCUCUCCGGGCUGCUCUUCCCUUUCUAUGAUGCUGACACUCACAUGCUCUACCUGGCUGGCAAGGGGGAUGGGAACAUCCGCUACUACGAGAUCGGCUCCGAGAAGCCCUACCUGAGCUACCUGAUGGAAUUCCGCUCCCCGGCCCCCCAGAAGGGACUGGGGGUGAUGCCCAAGCAUGGGUUGGACGUGGCAGCUUGUGAGGUUUUCCGGUUCUACAAACUCAUCACCCUCAAGGGGCUGAUUGAACCCAUCUCCAUGAUUGUCCCCAGGAGGUCAGAAACGUACCAAGAGGACAUUUACCCCAUGACUCCAGGGACAGAGCCAGCCCUCACCCCGGACGAGUGGCUGAGUGGGGUGAACAGAGAUCCCAUCCUGGUGUCACUCAAGGAGGGCUACAAGAGGACAUCCAAGGUGGUCUUCAAAGCACCAGCGAGGGAGAAGAAGAGUGUGGUGGUCAAUGGCAUCGACCUGCUGGAGAACGUGCCCCCCAGGACAGAGAAUGAGCUCCUCCGGAUGUUCUUCCGCCAGCAGGACGAGAUCCGGAGGCUGAAGGAGGAGCUGGCCCAGAAGGACGUUCGGAUCCGGCAGCUCCAGCUGGAGCUGAAGAACCUGAGGAACAGCCCCAAGAACAAUUAACUGCUGGGGGCCUUUUCUACAAGAAACUUUUCCUUUGUUUCUACUCCUUAAUUUCACUGCACCCCCGGAGCAGGAGCCCAGUGACCUCCCAAGAACCUGCUCACUAACUGGAACCACAUCUUCUUCCUCCUCAUCCUCCUCCUCCUCUUCUCCAGCACUAAAUCCACCCAAAACCAGAGGUGAUGGGACCCAUCCCUGCCUUGGGAGUGAGUAAAUGGAUUUGUGUCCCUUUCCCUAGGGAUUAUCCAGCCCCGAGGAGCUGAGCUGGGGGGGAAUCCCUGGCACUUCAUUGCUGGUCAUUUUUUUGGGUUUUCUUAUGCAAAAAAUAAUAAAAAUAAGCAGCAGGAAGAGGGGAGAGAGGGUGUGGGGUGGGUCCUCUGGAUGCAGCCUGGAGAAGGGAGUUGCUCCAUCCCCUCCCCCUGCACCUCCAGCCUUCUUUGAAUAAUUAAAAAAAAUUAAAAAAUAAUAAGAGAGAGGUUGGGUUUCCUAAACCCAGAGGGAUUUUUACUCCCUCUAUGGGUUUCCUAAACCCAGAUUUGUGUCCCUUUCCCUAGGGAUCAUCCAGCCCCGAGGAGUUGAGCUGGGGGGGAAUCCCUGGCACUUCAUUGCUGGUCAUUUUUUGGGGGUUUCUUAUGCAAAAAAUAAAUAAAAAAAAGCAGCAGGAGGAGGGGAGAGAGGGUGUGGGAUGGGCUGGAGGCACCAAAUCUGCUGCUGUUGUUUUGGGGGGGGAAUUCCCCUGGGAAUGGGGUGGCUUGGGGGUCCCCUGGAUGCAGCCUGGAGAAGGGAGUUGCUCCAUCCCCUCCCCCUGCACCUCCAGCCUUCUUUGAAUAAUUAAAAAAAUUAAAAAAAAUAAGAAGAGAGGUUGGGUUUCCUAAACCCAGAGGGGUUUUUAUUCCCUCUAUGGGUUUCCUAAACCCAGAGGGGUUUUUAUUCCCUCUACCUCUGCAAAAGGGGACCUGGACUCCUCCCUGACCCUGGGACAGGGGGGAUGGAUGGAACCUGAGGGUCCCUGGGUGGGAUGGACCCCGCAGGCACUCAGUGGCUUCCCCACUUGUGUCCUGCCCUGGGGAGGGCUCUGGAUCAGGCCUGGAGCACAGGGAAGGACCCCAAGUCCUGCUGGUUUCUCCUGGAUCUGUAAUUUUAUCUCCUGGAACUAACUCAAGGGUCUGAGGUGUCCCCAAGCACCACGGGGACCUCGUGCCCUGCUUCCCACCACUUCCCUCUCCUUCCCACUGCCUUUCCACGUGCUGUCAUUGCCUCUUAUUUAUGCUACCACGGAUUAGUGAUGGAAUAAAAUGUUUUCAAG